GCCCUUCACAAAACUCUGCCUCACCACCAGCCCUCGGGGCAGCAGAUGCCAGGGUGCUCAUAUCCAUCUUCUCCGCCUCCACCACCGCAAAGGACAACGAUUAUUGCCUCCUGGACUCCACCGACAAUGGGCUCUCUGGCCGACACAUCCCAGGCAGCCAGCCCGUUAGGCCAGGCCUCCGAGACGAGCUCCAUUGGCCCCUUUUCGAGUGGUAUUCCUCGCUUUCCUCCUGGCGCAUACUGCGGUCCAGCCUCGAACAGACCGAGCCGCUGUCAUUUGCUUUCGCCACAGCUACCAAAACGCCAAUUUACUGUUGCUAUGAUGCCGUUGCGCUCCCAGUCGCAACAUUGGUCACAUGCCAGCCCCUCCUCCAUCUCCCCAACUUCAAUGUCCCCUAUUUUGACUUCUAGACGCAUCUAG